UGGGCCCGGGCGGCGGGGGAGGCAGUGGCGGCCGCGGGCUGUGGGAGGAGCCGCGCGGUUCCGGCUGCCCCGGCGAGGCGACCCUUGGGUCCGCGCCGCGGGCGGGGAGGACAGGUAGGUGAGCGGGCAGCCGCGGCUCUGCGAGAGGCUCGGGCAGCGGAGUCCCUCACGGCGCUCGGCGCGCCCCCCGCACCCUCGGCCUCCGGCGUUGAGGCGGGGGGGGUCAGGAGAUGCCGACCCAGAGGGACAGCAGUACCAUGUCUCACCCGAUCGCGGGCGGCGGCAGCGGGGACCAUUCUCACCAGGUCCGGGUGAAAGCCUACUACCGCGGGGAUAUCAUGAUAACACAUUUUGAACCCUCGAUCUCCUUUGAGGGCCUUUGCAGUGAGGUUCGAGACAUGUGUUCUUUUGACAACGAACAGCUUUUCACCAUGAAAUGGAUAGAUGAGGAAGGAGACCCGUGUACAGUAUCAUCGCAGUUGGAGUUAGAAGAAGCUUUUAGGCUUUAUGAGCUAAACAAGGAUUCUGAACUCUUGAUUCAUGUAUUCCCUUGUGUACCAGAACGUCCUGGAAUGCCCUGUCCAGGAGAAGAUAAAUCCAUCUACCGCAGAGGUGCACGCCGCUGGAGAAAGCUUUAUUGUGCAAAUGGCCACACUUUUCAAGCCAAGCGUUUCAACAGGCGUGCCCACUGCGCCAUCUGCACUGACCGAAUAUGGGGACUUGGACGCCAGGGAUAUAAGUGCAUCAACUGCAAACUCCUGGUUCAUAAGAAGUGCCACAAACUUGUCACAAUUGAAUGUGGGCGGCAUUCUUUGCCACCGGAACCAAUGAUGCCCAUGGAUCAGUCAUCCAUGCAUGCAGACCACGCACAGACAGUAAUUCCAUAUACUCCUUCAAGUCAUGAGAGUUUGGACCAAGUUGGUGAAGAAAAGGAGGCAAUGAACACAAGGGAAAGUGGCAAAGCUUCAUCCAGUUUAGGUCUUCAGGACUUUGAUUUGCUCCGGGUAAUAGGAAGAGGGAGUUAUGCCAAAGUACUGUUGGUACGACUGAAAAAAACAGAUCGCAUUUAUGCAAUGAAAGUUGUGAAAAAAGAGCUUGUCAAUGACGAUGAGGAUAUUGAUUGGGUACAGACAGAGAAGCAUGUUUUUGAGCAAGCAUCCAAUCAUCCUUUUCUUGUUGGGCUGCAUUCUUGCUUUCAGACAGAAAGCAGAUUGUUCUUUGUCAUAGAGUAUGUAAAUGGAGGAGAUCUAAUGUUUCAUAUGCAGCGACAAAGAAAACUUCCUGAAGAACACGCCAGAUUUUACUCUGCAGAAAUCAGUCUAGCAUUAAAUUAUCUUCAUGAACGAGGGAUAAUUUAUCGAGAUUUGAAAUUGGACAAUGUACUGCUGGACUCUGAGGGCCACAUUAAGCUCACUGACUAUGGCAUGUGUAAGGAAGGAUUACGGCCAGGAGAUACAACCAGCACUUUCUGUGGUACUCCCAAUUACAUUGCUCCUGAAAUUUUAAGAGGAGAAGAUUAUGGUUUCAGUGUCGACUGGUGGGCUCUUGGGGUACUAAUGUUUGAGAUGAUGGCAGGAAGGUCUCCAUUUGAUAUUGUUGGGAGCUCUGAUAACCCUGAUCAAAACACAGAGGAUUAUCUCUUCCAAGUUAUUUUGGAAAAACAAAUUCGCAUACCACGUUCUCUGUCUGUAAAAGCUGCAAGUGUCCUGAAGAGUUUUCUCAACAAGGACCCAAAGGAGCGAUUGGGUUGUCAUCCUCAAACAGGAUUUGCUGAUAUUCAGGGACACCCAUUCUUCCGAAAUGUUGAUUGGGAUAUGAUGGAGCAAAAGCAGGUGGUACCUCCCUUUAAACCAAAUAUUUCUGGGGAAUUUGGUUUGGACAACUUUGAUUCUCAGUUUACUAAUGAACCUGUCCAGCUCACUCCAGAUGAUGAUGACAUUGUGAGGAAGAUUGAUCAAUCUGAAUUUGAAGGUUUUGAGUAUAUCAAUCCCCUUUUGAUGUCUGCAGAAGAAUGUGUCUGAUCCUCAUUUCUCAACUAUGCAUUUUGCUUGUUGCCAUUUAAUGCAUGGAUUAACUUGUUACUAGCCUGGAUACAUUUUAUAUUUGCCACCGACAAAAAAGCACUCAAUAUCUUCUGUUGUUGACUGUAAGAGCCAAUUAUUACAUCUAAGUUUAACUAUGAAAGAAAAUUGAAACUAGUUUCCAGACAAUCGUGUCAAAAUUAGUUACACUGGUAAUCCAGCAGCCUACUGAUGAAUAAUGAAGUUGUCCUUUUCAUUUAAAGGAAAUAUUUAUCACUGCUUUUAAAAAGAGUUGGGUAUCUGUUUCAUUAAGGCACAUGGUGGGAUUGCAUCAUAAGCCUCCCGUGAUUUUUGUCAUUUUAAGUCAUUUAAGUGUUUACUUUUGGAAUAAAAGAUUAAUUCAAAAUACGGCAAUUUGUUAUGUUACCUAUUAGUUUCUGAGUUCUUUGUGUUUAAAAAUUUAGCUUUAAAUUUUAUCAUUGCCUUGGAUAAUUGUUGAUUUUUAAGGCGACAGUUAUUAAAUUGGUAAUAAAAGGUGUUGCUUGCUUAGAAUUGGGGAAUGCAGAUUCUCCUUGAGGAAUAAAAUAGGCACAUUUUAUUAAGAAUCAGAUUCCAAAUCAUUAGCUAUUUUUGAAAAACUGAUGCAAGUGAUUUCUUUAGUAUAUUAAGGGGUUGGCUUCUGAGCUUGUCUGUUCAGCCAGGACUUUAACUGGAAUGUUAACAAAUAUAGUUCAGAGGAUCCAGAAUGCAAUUGAAUAGAAAAUCUCUCAGUAUAU